GCCCAAAAAAUUGCGCCAUCAGAACAGAUGUACGGUGGUGGGUCGUUCGCGAAAGGACAGAUUUUUGGAAGAAUUGAGAUUUCACUUUACUACUCAGUGCCCGACCGUCAGUUGGUUGUUACAGUUCAUAGAGCGAUUGAUCUUCCGCCACGACCCGAUGGAAUGUCCCGUAAUCCCUAUGUGAAAUUGUUUCUCCUUCCCGAUCGAAGCGAAAAAAGCAGACGGCAGUCAGCGGUCCUCGCGGAAACAUGUAAACCAAUUUGGAAUGAGCCCUUCUAUUAUCAUGGUCUCACCGAACCGAUGCUCAUGGAACGUGUUCUUGAGGUUGGUGGCAGUCAUUUUGAUUCCGAUCUGUUGAACUGGAACGAGAUAAUCUCUGAAAACUGUCCAGUUUUCAAUUGA